UGGUGGAUUUUCGCUUCCGGUUGUCAGCGGAGAGCAGUAUGGUCGCUAGGGGCAGCGUCUAGUCAGGAUUGGGUUGCGCUUGCGGAAUUUAUCUUGAUCACCUGAUAAACGCAGAAAUGGCUGUCCGGCUAAUGCAAGUAGCGAGAUGCCCGACAGAUGAACUGUCUCUCACAAACUGUGUGGUUGCAAGUGAGAAGGACUUCAAAUCUGGGCAACAUUUGACAAUUAAACCCACGGCGUCAUCCUUUCAGAAGUUUGUGUUCACGGUGAAAACCCACCCAGGCGUGUUGCCAGGAACAAUUGCUUUCAGUCUACCUCAGAGGAAAUGGGCCGGGCUCUCUCUAAACCAGGAUGUGGAAGUGAGUCUCUACAACUUUGACCCGUCAAAACAGUACGUGGGAAUCAUGACGAUAGAGAUCGACUUCCUCCAGAAGAAGACCGCUGACAGCAACCCAUACGACUCUGAUAAAAUAGGAAUUGAGUUUAUCCAGUUUUUUACCACACAGGCCUUCAGCAAGGGCCAGAAUUUUGUCUUCAGCUACUGCGAUAAGCUUUUUGCAAUGCUCAUAAAAGAUAUCGAGGCCAUGAAUACCAGCAUCCUUAGCGGCGAGCAAGGUUUUAACAAAAAAAAGAUUGAGAUUGGUCUGUUGCACGGCAACAGUCAGGUGAUUUUUGAGAAAGCAGAGAGCUCAUCUCUCAAUUUGACUGGAAAAUCACAGACCAAAAGUUCUCUGCAGUCCAUCAUUAACCCUGACUGGAACUUUGAGCGAAUGGGCAUCGGAGGCCUGGACAAGGAGUUCUCGGACAUCUUCCGUCGGGCCUUCGCCUCACGAGUCUUUCCUCCAGACAUAGUGGAGCAAAUGGGCUGUAAACACGUGAAGGGGAUCUUGCUGUUUGGGCCGCCCGGCUGUGGUAAAACCCUCAUGGCACGCCAGAUUGGUAAGAUGCUGAAUGCCAGAGAGCCGAAGGUGGUCAACGGGCCAGAGAUUCUGAACAAAUAUGUGGGCGAGUCAGAGGCCAACAUCAGAAAGCUGUUUGCUGACGCCGAGGAUGAACAGAAGAGGUUGGGGGUCAACAGUGGACUGCACAUCAUCAUUUUUGAUGAAAUUGAUGCCAUCUGUAAACAACGUGGCAGUAUGGCAGGCAGCACUGGGGUCCACGACACUGUAGUCAACCAGCUACUGUCUAAGAUCGAUGGCGUAGAGCAGCUGAACAACAUCCUGGUCAUUGGAAUGACCAACAGGCUUGACCUGAUCGUCGAAGCCCUCUUGAGGCCGGGCAGACUGGAGGUCAAAAUGGAGAUUGGCUUACCUGACGAGAACGGCCGCAUUCAGAUCCUGAAUAUCCACACUGCAAAAAUGAGGCAGUCUAACAUGCUGGCCAAAGAUGUUGAAAUAAAGGAGCUUGCUUUUGAGACCAAGAACUACAGUGGAGCAGAGCUGGAAGGGCUUGUUCGAGCUGCCCAGUCAACUGCCAUGAACCGUCACAUCAAGGCCACUACUCAGGUGGAGGUGGACAUAGAGAAGGCUCAAAUGCUGCAAGUGAGCAGGAGUGACUUCUUGGCCUCUCUGAAUAAUGACAUAAAGCCCGCUUUUGGCACGAAUCAGGAGGAUUACUCAAGUUACAUCAUGAACGGUAUUGUGAAAUGGAGCAAUAGUGUUUCUGACGUACUAGGAGAUGGAGACCUUUUGGUGCAACAGACCAAGAAUAGUGAACGCACACCGCUAGUAACUGUGCUUUUAGAAGGGCCUCCUCACAGUGGUAAGACCGCACUGGCGGCCAAGAUCGCAGAGGACUCCCAGUUCCCCUUCAUCAAGAUCUGCUCUCCAGACAAAAUGAUCGGCUUUACUGAGACCGCCAAAUGUCAGGCCAUCAAGAAGAUAUUCGAUGACGCCUACAAGUCCCAACUGAGCUGUGUGGUGAUGGACGAUAUAGAAAGACUUCUGGAUUUUGUUCCCAUCGGGCCACGGUUCUCUAACCUGGUGUUGCAGGCUCUGCUGGUGUUAUUAAAGAAACCUCCUCCUCCGGGUCGUAAGUUGCUGAUUCUUGGCACAACUAGCCGGAAGGAUGUUCUGCAGGAGAUGGGCAUGUUGGACUCUUUCAGCACUACAAUUCACAUCCCUAACAUCUCUAGAGGAGAUCAUCUCAUGAAGGCCCUGGAGCUUCUCGGGGGCUUUCAGGAAAAAGAGGCAGCAACUAUUGCAGAACAGGUGAAAGGAGAAACGGUGUGGCUCGGCAUCAAGAAGCUGCAGAUGCUCAUCGAGAUGUCAAUGCAGAUGCCUUUCGAAUACAGAGUUAACAAGUUCUUGGCACUACUGAGAGAAGAAGGAGCGUUGACCUCUGACAAACAUGCGGUCAUGUAGUCUCUGGUGCAGGGGAAGUAUCCUGACAAACCAAGGCUAUUUUGAAGCUGAGUCAGGAAAACAGUGCACUUGAGAGAAAGUCUGAGAGAGAGAGAGACUAAUACUUUCCUUAAGUACAGUGUAUGGCAUGUUUCCAUGGCAAAUGUAGACACAUUAGCUCUCCUUGAUUCCUCUGCAAAGGGUCUCAUAUUUGUACAGUGCCUCAGGUGUCUUAUGACAUCAGGAAUUUUUAAAUAGUCCAUGCAUGUAUAUAAAGACCUAUACUGUGGUUUUUAUAUAUAUAUAAAUCUCAUACUUGUGUGUAUUUACUGAGACGAACCAUUCCUGAUGCCUUACUUUUCCCUAAAAUUGUCCUUACUGGGCUGUGUAAAUUUAGCCAAGGUUAAAUUCUUUGACCAAAUCCUCUGCUCGUUUUCUCUUUGCCUUGUAUGCACUUAUUAUCAACAGUUAGUGCCUGCCAAAAACAAUAUUGAAAUGCUCACUCCUGUGCCUUUGCAUGCCAGUAUAUUGUUCCAGUUUGUUUAUUGCUUUUAUUGUUUUCUGACUAGAAAAAUAUUUUUGUUUUUUAAAAGGGAACUAUCCGUCCUUGUUAUAUCGCUCGGGACAUUCCAUGUCAGGAACAUAGGAAAGGUCUUUGUCUCAGCGUCUCACCCCAGUCACACGGGUAACGUAGUGGCCUUAAGCAUUGUGUACAGGAUGGAAACCCGCAACCUACCUCCCCUCUGCCAAAAGUGCCAGGAUAGUUCACAUUGGCCUUGAUUUCUCCUCUUCUUUCUCUUUAUAUCUCUGCCAGAGCAUUAUGACUCCUUUAUGACUUUUACCGUUGAACUGUGAAAGUCGUAGUAUUUGAACCGCAUUUAAAUAUGGAAUUUAAGGUUUGUGUACAUAUUGGGUCUUGGACUGCAUGUCACGCACUAUAAAUAUAGCUAUAAAUGCUGUUUUUGUGACAUGACUCCUAAAAGAAUUAAUCACUGCAAUAAUAAUCUUUCGUAUUAUAUAGAAAAUGCCUUCAAUGAUUCACUGAUUAAAAAUUCGGUUUUAAGAUUGCAAUAAAUGACUGCUGUUUUUGUGAA